UUUAUCCCAGCAAAAAAAUGGUCAAAAAAGCGAAAUGGUUGAAGAACGUUAAGAAGGCUUUUAGCCAAGAUUUGAAGAAACUGAAACAUAAAUCGGUUGAGUAUCAGAAUAGUGAGAUCUCUUAUCCUGUAUUAGUAGCUUCAUCCAGAAGUUCUCCUCCUCAGUUUGAAGUCAGAGUUGAUAAGGUCAAAAAUAAGAAGAAACUCUACGCUCCUCCUCCUCCACCUCCAGAAGAAGAAGAUGAUAUUGUAGAUUCACUUCCAUCUUCUCCUGAGUUUGUUCCUCCAAAAGCUAAUAGGUUUGUGGGAAAGUCAAAGGAAGAGGCAGCAGUCAUCUUAAUCCAGUCAACAUUUAGAGGACAUUUGGCAAGAAGAGAGUCACAGGGGAUGAGGAGGUUGGUCAGACUUAAGUUAUUGAUGGAAGGAUCGGUUGUACAACGGCAAGCUGCACAUACACUUAAAUGUAUGCAGACUCUGACACGUGUACAGUCACAGAUCAGGUCUAGGAGAAUCAGGAUGUCAGAAGAGAAUCAGGCUCACCAUAAGCAACUCCUUCAGAAACAUGCCAAAGAGCUAGGAGGCUUGAAGAAUGGGGGUAAUUGGAAUGUCAGCAAUCAGUCCAAGGAACAAAUCGAAGCAGGGUUGUUGAAUAAGUACGAGGCCACAAUGAGAAGAGAAAGGGCAUUGGCUUAUGCAUUCACACAUCAGCAAAACUUGAAGGGAAACAUGAGAUCUGCAAACACAAUGUUCAUGGAUCCUAACAACCCGACUUGGGGAUGGAGCUGGUUGGAAAGGUGGACGGCUGACAAGCCAUGGGAGAGCUCAGAGAAAGAACAAAGCAAGAACGAGAAGUCAACAGUUAAGACCUCAAACAAACCUAACACCCAUGGAGUAGAAACAACAAAACCUUCAAACCGUAAAAAACUCAAUAGCGUGACUCAACCCAACACCCCAUCAUCAUCAACCACAAGAAAACCAAGAAAGACCCCAACCCAACCUUCCAUAAAGUCCAAAACCACUGAUGAAAUCACCAAGAGCUCAGAGAAGAACCGUAAGCACAUCAUUGCAAAGUCAUCAGUUAGUGAUGACGAGGGCUUAGCUAGCUCAACCGCUCGUGUUGCCACAAAACCAACACGAGGCAAGCUCAAGGGUCAAAGCUCGUCAGGGGUCACGGCAAGUGAAACCAAAGAGGAAAGUAAUGGUGUUUUACCGGAGAAAACACCAGCAAAGAAACGGGAUUCUCCUGUACCCAAAGCUAGACGAUCCUCAGCCUCACCCAAGGUUGAAAACAGCGUUCUAAAGAAGGUGAGAACACCGUGUGACUAA